AUCAACCAGGUAACGGGGAGAUGUGAUUGGAGAGUAGGGUGUUAUCAUGUGACUGCAGAAAAAGGACGCAUUUCCAGCCGGUGGCUGCACAUUGGAUGGGUUGGAGCGAUAUGGAUUGGGAUGAGGAAGCGUUGCAGGAUUCUGGUUAUGAUGUUGAGCUGUUUGAAAAUGUACCUGACCCUGAGUUCAUCUGUACCAUCUGUCACGGUGUGCUCAAAGAUCCUGUGGAACUCAUCUGCCAGCAUGUCUUCUGCAGAGGCUGUAUUUUGAAGUGGCUUACAGAGAAGCAAGAAUGUCCAUAUUGCAGGAAGAAGGUGAGAAGGGUGGCUCGCUCUGUCAUCCCUAUGAUCCACAACAUGAUUGCCCGAUUGAUCAUGAAGUGUGAAAACUAUGUCUAUGGCUGCUGGGAGACCUUUCCACUUGAACAAUCUGCAAACCAUAAAGCUGCCUGUGACUUUAGAAUAGUGAAAUGCAAACAUGAGGCCUGUACAACUGAAGUAUUUCAGAAGAACCUUGCAGCUCAUGAACAGGUUUGCGAACAUUGGAGCCAACCAUGCAGAAUGGGAUGUGGAGCCCAACUUACCCCAAAUCAGCUGCUUGAACACAACUGUUACAGGGACUCAAAGAGAAAAUAUAAGGAGAAGAUACGGGUUCUCAAAAGCCGUUUGUAUAGAAUGCAAUGUCGCCUAAAGCUAGUGGAAAGAAAUCUGCAGAAUUUGGCGCCUCCUGAUCAUUCCCAGUUUUCAGAGCAUCUCGUCUGUGAAGAUGAUGAAAGUGAGGACUUGGCUGCUGAAGACCAUGAAGAUGAUCACAGCAACACUUUGGACAUACAUGUACACAAUGAAAAUGAAAGCCUGUAUUCCUGGCAGUCAAGUGACUUGAAUAAUGAGGAAGGACCAGCAGCAGAGGAAGAUGAAUUAGAUGACAUCGAAAAUGAAGUGUGUCUAAAUGAAGCAGUGAUUGAGGACACCAUUUCAAUCACUUCCAGUUCCAGCACUGAACAAGAAGCCAAUCGCACUAGGUCACAGUCCCAUUUAUAUUUUGAAAUGGAUGAUGGUAACAUUGCUUCUGGGAAUGUCAGUAUCUUUGGUCAAGAUGCUUCAAACAGAAGGCGGCUCAGGUCAUGGAUGCUGCAAUGUUCCAUGAGGUGGCGAAAGGCUAUGUGGAAGCGCAACAACCUCCGAUUACUAUCCAGAAGACAGCACAGCCAGCCACACUGAAUGUGGUGCCUUUUAA